AUGCGAUUCUCAAUCCUACUAUCAACCAUUUUCAUUGGGUUCCUAUCCAAUACCGCUUAUGUUUCUGGACAAACCAUUCACAAUUCAACCGCCGUGACGGGUUUCCUAAACUGUCUUGGCGAUGCCGUCUCCAAUUACAAAUUCAAUAUCGACGAAGGGGAGAUCUUAGUUCUGCCAGCCGACAAUCGAUCUCCAAACUGCACUACACGUGAUAAUCUCCUGCUCAACUGCAUUAUGCGGUAUCACGAUUAUCUAAAUAUCGUCUUAUACGGAAGUGCGUACAGUGACGAUACUGUCUCGUCAAGUUUCGUAGCAACCGAACUGAACGAUAGAUUAUCUUCUCAUGAUAUAUCAACAGUACCGAUUAGAAGAAGAUCUACCAAUAACUUUCUCAAAGGUAGAAGUGGAAGUAGAAGUAAGAGACAAGCUGUAAAUGGAUAUUACGAAUCUUAUCCCGCUACAGACGAUUCAUGCGCCGAUAACGACCAACAAUCUUAUUUCGCUGGUGAUUGUCCUUCAUUCCCAAGCAAAUAUACAAGCAUAGAAUUCUAUAAUCCAGAACCUCAAGCUGUCUUAACGGCUUAUGUGUGGCCUCAUCACGACUGUUCAAAAGGUAAUGAAAAAGGUUAUGUCGCUAGUCCUUUCGGCUAUACAUCUUGUCCAAAGAGAGAUACGUAUUCGUGGAAAGGUUCAUUCACAAAUGCAGCUUCGCCUUGGCCUUGUAUCGGUUCUUUAUGUUAA